AUGGACCAAACUGCACUGAUAGAAAUGCUGAAACAGAAAAACGAAGAAAUUAAAAAGAACAUUGCCAAUCAGUCGUCGGAGCAUGAGCUGAAAAUAGAAACUAGAAAAAAUGCAAUUCAGCUUAUCGGAAAAGCACACCAACAAAAGAUGAGUCAUCUCCUGACGUUGUUUCUAAUCACAAAAGAAUACUUGGAGAAUGAGAAUACCAAAAACAAUCUUAAAAACUUUUCGGAAGUUAUAUACACGUCUAAGUUAAUCAUAGAAAAAAUUCGAAUAGUGUUAACUAAUGAAGAAGAUCAGAACGAGGAACUUUUGGAAGUCUGUCACGAGUUUCCCGCCGAAUCACUGGCCAGUCUGAAAAAUCAAGUAACCACAUUCAGCACGGACCUUCUGAACUCCCGUUAUUUUAAGGAACCAGCUCACACUCAGUUGAAGGCAAGUUCCAUAAAUUUCAAUCAACACGAUUAA